UCGAGGAUAGAUUUCCUCGGACGUUGACUGAUUAUCGUACGAGGGGAAGAGAGAGAGAUGAUGAGCCAUGGCGACGUAGGGAUGAUGAGAUACACCGAGACCGCAGAGAUUGAGAGCCGUUUGCGCGAGCAAGGAGGCUGGAAAUUUACCCGCGAAGCCCUUGCUAUGAGGCCGAUUGGGGUAGAGGCGACUCCCGCGGCCGAUAGAAGACAGAUCAGGGCCGACGGGAUGGAUAUAGGGACGACAGAUAGGAGAGAUCGGACCGAGAUGGAUAUAGGGACGACAGAUACGAGACAUCGGACCGAGACGGAUAUAGGGACGACAGAUACGAGAGGUCGGGUCGAGAUGGCUACAGGGGUGGUAGGUAUGAAAGAGGAGAUCGGGACUGGGAACGACGAGAUGGGUCGCGCGGACGGUUUGAACGCGGGGGAGAUGCGAGAGAGCAGCGCGACGARUCGCGGGGGUGGUACAACCGAGGGGACCGACGUGAUGAGUCACGAGGGCGAUAUGACUCGGGGGACCGCCGGAAUAAUUCGUGAGGGCGGUAUGAGCAAGGAGGGUCUGGAGGAGACCGCCGCAACGAUUCGCACGGUCGAAAUGAGAAAGGGGGAUAUGGCGAGUUCGAUCUCUAGAAGCGCAGACGACAGGCCAUCUACUCCCAGGAACUCAUGCGUCUACUGUAGAGGAGAAGAUCAUAUCAAGAAGGAUUGCCCGGACCUCAAACGGGCAAUAGAUGAGGGACUUGUCGUGCUUGACGACCAUAAGUACGUCAAGUGGGCAGAUGGUCUGGGAGAUGUAUCGAUGUUCCCUUCGAUGAAGGAGAAUGUCGAAGCAAGGAGAGUAAAGCCGAGUAAAGAAAAGGAGCCGGUCAGGAGCCAUAGCAUCAAGAUAACCUUUGAGGGGGAUAUGGCGACCACACCGAUAAGGGUGACAGCCACCAAGUCGACGAGAGGGUCUACAUCGAAGAAGACUGACACGGAUUACGUGAUGGCGGAGAAGGACGGGCAGCGGAUCGAUGGAGACGAGUGCUCUAUUCUGGAGUACCUGGCGGCAUCGAAGCCGGCUCGUGAUGAGUUACAGAUGAUCACGCGGAAGACUCGCAUACCUCUAUCGGAGGAGGGUCAGGGGGCCCCUAAGGUGGAAGCUUCUACAGUAGCAGGAACGGGGGUGACUGCCAAAGCGGAUCGCAUGACGACAGUCCUUCUCGAUGGAAUGGCAGGUGUGCCUCCAGACAAGUUUUAUAUACUUGGUAGCGGGGCCGUGGAGACGAUUAUAAACGAUGGAGUGGUACUCGAUGCUGUGAUCGAUAACGGCAGUGAGGCUGUCAUCAUAGAMGAGGAYCUGGCAGUACAGGUUGGACUGGGYCUCGAUAGGUCAUACCUAYUCGAGAUAGAGACGGCUGAUGGGAGAAAGCAACAGAUCACUGGGGUUUGUCACAAGGCAGCCAUAGAGGUCCAAGGGGUACGAGUGACCCUGCCUGUCUUUGCAGUCAAGAACUGCAGCUCCGACCUGGUCUUGGGUCGAACGUGGCUGAGCCACGUGCAUGUGGUGACGAUAGAGCGACCUGAUGGGAGUCAAAAAUUGUCCAUUAAGAAGCCAGACGGGACGCGGGUAAUGAUUGAGGCAGUGGAGCCUCGGGACCCGAGGAACAGAGCAGCUCUCGCUGUGGGUGCGAGACCCAGUGAUCAGAUUAAGUCGUUACCUAUCUCCGGCCGCGCGGUGCGAUUUCGCGAGAAGAAAUAUGGACCACUGCUCACAGAGGAAGAAGGUCGGAUCGUGGAGGUGGAAGAUUUAGGGAGUCGGCUAAUAGAGCGAGAACGUGUGAUAGAAAUCCUGAAGACAUGUGAUAAGGCCAUAGCUUUUAGUGACGCGGAGCGCGGUAGGGUUGACCCUCGAUACGCUAAGCCAGCAAGGAUUUACACGACACCACAUGUUCCCUGGAAUGACGCGGGAUGGAAAUACGCCCAGAAGGAGAAGGAAGAAGUUAUCGCUUUCCUAAAAGAAAAGAUGGUUUUCCAUGUUGCGGAGCCGUCUGAUAGCGCUUAUGCUAAUCGAUGGUUCUUCCUACGAAAGCCGAAUGGCAAGAUCCGAUGGAUCCAGGACCUUCAGAAGGUCAACGCGGUGACGAUACGAGACGUGGGCUCCKUGCCACACGCCGAUUUACUGGCAGAAGGCGCUGCAGGUAGGUCGAUUUAUUCGGUCUGUGAUCUGUUCUCAGGCUAUGAUGAGGUGCCACUUGACCCUAGAGAGAAGCACCUCACGGCUAUGCAUACGCCAUUGGGACUAAUACAGAUGAUGGUUGUCCCUAUGGGUUGGACUAAUGGGGUAGCCGUUUUUCAAAGAGCCAUGGUAGCCCUCCUCAAGGACUUCAUCCCUGAUAAGGUUGAAGUUUUUCUGGAUGACUUUCCUAUAAAAGAGCCAAUAAACAAGGAUGAGGCAGAGGUUGCACUUGGAGUUAGAAGAUUCGUCGAGCAGCACCUAACGGAUAUUUGCGCGGUACUCGAGCAGCUGGACGAUGCGAAUCUAACAGUCAGCGGAACAAAGAGCCGAUGGGCCGUCUCGACUAUUAAGAUCUUGGGCUUUAUCUGUGACUCGAGAGGACGCCGAGCAGAUCCGGCGAAGUUAGACAAACUCCUGAACUGGCUGUCACCAUUACAUAGUCCAACCGAGGUCCGACAGUUUUUGGGAGUGGUCGGUUACUGGCGUAUAUUUAUACGAGGGUAUGCGAAGAAGGCUGAGCCAUUGAGAUUACUCCUUCGAAAGACAGAAAAAUUCUACUGGGAUUCUUCGCAGGAACUCGCUAUGCAAGAACUUAAAGAUGAAUUUAAGGAGGGAGGACGCGUGUUGGGCGUGCCAUUCUUUGACGAUCAGACCGAGAGACCCUUCAUAGUAUCCACGGAUGCUAGACCAUGUUCAGUAGGUGGUUUGCUGUCUCGGAAGAACGCUGGAAGGAAGGAAAGACCGUUAAGAUCUGAGAGUAUGACACUUAAUACGGCUGAGCGUAACUACAAUCAAUUCAAGAAGGAAGUGUUAGCUGUUCUCCGGUGUCUAGAUACGUUCAGACACUAUAUCUAUGGGCGACGGUUCAUCUUGAGAGUAGACCCCACCGCGGUUGCCUCUGUCCUCCAGAAGGACUUCAGUCUGAUGGACCCGACCAUCGCCCGAUGGUUAAUACGGAUUCGGUUAUACGAUUACACGGUUGAGAGGAUAUCUGACACUAAAAAUGCCGUGGCAGAUGGACUUUCGCGCAUCCCUCUUGAGGCCGAGCGCCCGAUAGUAGCAAGGACCCUGACUAUGGCGGAGCCAGGACGCACCGAGCGUUUUCUGGUUAACCUUUACGAGGGCAAAUACCGAAUGAUCGAGCUACAUUUGUCAGGAAAGGAGAGUCAAGCAUCAGAUAUCCAGAGACAAGCGGCCCAGUACUGCCUUAGAGCUGGCCAUCUGUUUCGAAGGCCGGGUGGCUCGGGGAUGCCCUUACGAGUAGUUUGUGACCCUGAGGAGAGACAGACAAUAGUUGUGGAGCUUCAGGACGGGGUAGUCGGAGGACACAGGGGAGUCAAAGGAACCUACGAAAAGGUACGCAGGUUGUACUGGUGGGAAGGACAGUAUAAGGACGUCAAGAGGUAUUGUAAGACCUGCGAAGAGUGCCAGAAGAGAGCUCUUGUGAAAUACAAAGAGCCACUUCAUCCAUCCUAUCCGACCAGACAAGGAGAGAAGGUACACAUCGGUUUAGUGAAAAUGCCGAAAGGGGUAGACAAUAUGAACUACGUUGUGAACAUACGAGACGAUUUCACUGGGUUYGUGGACGGUAGACCUAUCAGGAGUAGGGCGACAAAGGAAGUAAAGAACUUUGUCCUAGAGUACUUAUCUAGGUAUGGUUGUGUCAACAAGAUAAUGAUGGACAGAGGGGCGGAAUUCCUAGCCGACGAGGUUCAGAGCGUGUUCAGGAGAGCCGGGGUGGGAGUUUCGAUAGCCACCGCCUAUCACCCACAGUCGAACUCCCCAGUAGAGAGGGGACACCAGACUCUAAAAGCGUCACUCGUCAAGUGGUGCAAGGGUAAGGACAGUGAUUGGCCACGAUAUUUUCGAUACGCAAUAUGGGCAGACAACGUCACGGUCCGGGCUAGUACCGGAUACCCACCGUACACCUUGUGGUUUGGGCGACAUUGUCCGCUUCCCAUAGAGUUUCACGUCGACAGCUGGACAACCGUCGACUGGGCGGAGGAGAUGUCCAGAGAGGUACUCAUAGCUGCCCGAACAAGACAGAUAACCUACGGUUUGGAAGAUAACCUUAUGACAGCGGCAGAUCGUCUGGCAGUGGAAAGAGACAAAGGUAAAGAGAGAUGGGAUAAGAACUUGAGAAUCAGGAAGGAGAGGGUGAGUGUAGGAGAUAUAGUCCUUCUCUACGAUGCAGCGCUGGAGAGAACCUGGAACGGAAAACUCGCCAACAAAUGGAUGGGACCUUACAGAGUGGUUGAGGCACUCGACUGGGGUGCAUAUAUGAUAGCAGAAUUAGACGGAUCCAUGUGGAAGGACCCAGUGGCGGGUGCUAGGUCAAAGCUGUUUAGGCCCAGGCCCGCACCCAUCUUAUCGCUGACAAGCCCGCAAGGGAAAGGGAUAGCCAAAAUGGAGAAUGGAGCCGUCUCGAGACGAUAUGAGGUGGGAGAGAGUUCCAAAAAGAGGAAGAGGGUAGAAAAAAGAAAGGUCAAAGGAUAGGCGAUAGGGAAGAGAAAGAAAUGGUUAUUCAUGCUCAGGAGAGCCAGACGGAGAGUUCGCAUUAGACGAGCUGAUGAGUCGGCACCUUUCUCGG